CUCCCUCCUUACUCUCGUCUCUCUCUCUACGUCUCUCUCUUUCUCUCGCUCUCUCUCUCCAUCACCCCUUUUCCUGGCAUUAAGUCCAGACCUGACACUGACACUGAGUCUGUGUGUCAUCCCUCUUCCUCCCUCCCUCCUCCUUCUCUCUCCCUCUCUAUCCAUCGCUCCGAGGACCAGAGUGCCUGCAGACUUGUUUCUCUCUCCCUGGCCCACUCCCCCCUCCCUCGCCUCCUCUCUUUCGCUCUGUCUAACUCUCUCCAUCUCUUCUCUGGCUCGCCUCCCUGCUCUCUCUUUCUCUUUGCACACACAGUCAACAAAAGCGAGGUCAGGGGAGAGGGAUGAGGGUAUAACGAAAGAGAGGAAGAGGAGGAAGAGAGAAACCUUGGAAACAGUGGAGAGACGAGAGAAACGCAAGUUUGGAAAACCAUCGGCAUCCUCUCUCUUGAGUAGUAGUUCUGAUCUGUGUUCUUAUUGGAGGAGAAGGUGAAGGGGAAGUGUUAUGUGUGAGAAACUCAGCAUGCUGAAUCUACAGAACACCUCCAGCUGGACUGGGCCAAACAACUGGUACCAUCAACCAACACAGCACGAUGGCUGUGUGGUGGAUGACGUGAGUGUGCGGAUGGUAGGAGGAGGAGAAGGAGUGCAAAGAGAGAGGGAUGAGGCAGAGGACGCACAGCAUCACCUCCAGCUGAAGAGAAAGCUCCAGAGGAAUCGCACUAGUUUCACCCAGGAGCAGAUUGACGCGCUGGAGAAAGAGUUUGAACGGACACAUUACCCAGAUGUCUUUGCCAGAGAGAGAUUGGCAGCUAAAAUCGACCUUCCAGAGGCUCGCAUUCAGGUGUGGUUUUCCAAUCGGCGAGCCAAAUGGAGGAGGGAGGAGAAGUUGCGUAAUCAGAAGAGAUCAGGGGGCGGGACUUCCUGUUCUCAGGCACACGCCCCCCUCAGCACCUCCUUCAACACAGGUGUCUAUCACUCUCACCAUGGCAACAGCUCAGCCUCAAUGCACAGUCGCAGUGACAACUCUCUCUCAGGCUACGGCUCUCUCUCAGUUUUCUCCAAUAUGCAGUCAUUGCCACCCCAGUCCGCUCCUUCUUACCCCUGCAUGCUCCCUCCCUCCCCCUCCUCUCCUCCCCCCCUGGCCCGGAAGUUUGACUCCCUCUCUUACCCCUCUCCUCACCUGCCUCCCCCUCACUCUGCCAGCUCCAACACAGGAUAUCUCUCUCCUGGUGUGUCGGGUAGUGAGCAGGACUUAGGUCAGUACUGGACCAGACUCCAGUGAGAAUAACAAAGUUACGGCAUGACACUAGAUCACCACCAAACCUGCCAGUAUCUGAAGAUCCACCUAUUCACUGUGACAGACUAAGAUACGCAAACACCCAAUCCGUUACAAUCCAAAGCGAUUACAAUCAGUCAUUCUAAUAAUGACAAAAACGACCAAUAAAAGUAUCAAUGACCUGCAACAGCCAAUGACAAUCACGGAUGGGCCAUGGGACCACCAAUGACAAUCUAGUAUGGGCCUGAAGCAGCCGAUGACAAUCAAGUAUUGGUACUGGACUAGUAAUUACAAUUAAGCUUGAUCUCAGCGUACAAUGCCAUCAAAUGAUGAACUGGAACUGGAUCCCAGCAGAUUCACUCACUCUUUCACUCACUCACUCAAUCCUUUUGAUGUUUGUUCAGAUCAAACAGACAAUCAAGGAUUGAAAUGAAAUCCCCAAUCAUAGUCAAGCAUGGAUUUGAUUUAAUCAAUGACAGUCCAGCAGGGAUUAGUGUAACCAAUGACCUAGGAGAGUUGAAGACAAUCAAAAACCAAUACUAGUGAAUAAGGAUGUUACUGUGAUGCCAUAUUUUUGUCCUCCUCCUCUCUCCAUUCCUUUCUUUCAAUCGGACUUUUGCAAUCCUACCCCUUCUAAAAUCCUUUCCUUCACCUGUACAUUUAGCACUGUGUGUGUGUGUGCGUGUGUGAGUGUACGUGCAGGCAUGAGUGAGUGUUUGUAUGUGUGUAGUUGCAUUUUGUGUAUGUGUGUGUCUUUAAACUGCUAAUCAUUUUAGUGUAUUCCCUUUUUGUGAAGCUGUUUGA